UGGCACCAUCCCUAAAAUCCAUUGAUACACCGGAUUUGAUGCAGUUCCAUUAAGUAUUGAACAGAUUUCUGUUGUUGCAUUAAUGAUUGACCUUUGUGAGUUUGACAAUGACUUAAAUCUGAGGUCAUAUCGAAUAUUUACAACAAAAAUUGGCUUCGUGACAUUGGCCACUGCAUUAAUUGUCGUGUUUCUUUGGCUGUAAGCUUUAACAAAGCAGUCAAAUGAUGACAAUGAGAUUAAUGAUGCUGAACAUUUGACACUUUUGAAUCGACUGUAAGGCUCAAAACUCUUUUUUUGUUGCCAAAAUGCAAGAAUUUGUGAAAAAUAUAAAAUCAAUACGAAUAGCUUAGAAUUUAACAUGACUGUGGAGCUAAAAUGGAACAUUUCUGGAAAUUUGUUUCAAUUGACCGAUUAAAAAUAAUUAUUUAAUAUGAAACAUUUGUCAAGUGUUCAGCCACAGAAAUCGUGACGACGAGGUGCUAGAGUGGUUAAUAGGUUGGACUGCUAACUUGCUCAGUUAUCGACAGCAAUCCAAUGGGCUCUGCCCGCGUGAGUUCGAAUCUCAUCCUCGUCGGGACUUAAUGUUGACUUUCUUUUUUGGACUUUGAAAUUUUUUUUAAAAAAACAAAAAAAUUAUUUUUAGAUUUUUUAAUUAUAAACAAUUAUUGUUAAUUUUAGCAAAACUUGUUUUGAAAAUUUACACAAUUGUAUUUACAUUUUGCUAGUUAAAAUGUUAAAAUCUAAAUUCUUUUUGCUCUUUUUAUAUUUUUCAAUGAAUUUUGCUGCUCGAGUCCAAAAACAAAACCUUGAACCUUACAGUCGCUUCAAAAGCAUUCAUUGUAACUCCUCAAACAUCACAGUAUCCGGUUAUAAAUGCUACAUCAAAGCCUUCAGUCGGACAAAUACAACAACAAACAUUUUUGUGAACCUCACCCGACCUGUACAUUCAUUUAAUGUUCGUUAUGAUUUAAGGUUCAAGUCGUUAUCAAAUUCACAACGAUCAAUAAUUAACACGACUCUUGAAGUUUGUUCGAUUCUCAACGGAACCGGUUCAAAUCCUGUCUACAAAUGGUUUAUUGGAAUGAUGCCGGAAUUGGAGGAGCUACUGCAUCCAUGUCCUUAUAAGGUUGGUUUUUUAGGUUAUUCAAAGCAGCUUGAAGUUGAUAUAAAUUAUGUGUUGAAUUCAAAGUUCUUUGGCAGUAGCGUAGCAAAGAGGGAAAAGGAGGUCGUUGAAUAUGCGACCGAUACCCUUGUUAUGCCACUAAGACCUAGAGUCUACUGGAAACGGAACUGUAAAUGAAACAAUCGAGGAAUUUUCUACAUUCCACAGGCUAGACACAUCAGAUGUAUAUUAUAUGUCACUUUUACCAAUGUCUAGUGUUUUACUUGAUCGUAUCAGUACUGAGGCUGGUUUCUAGGAGUAUCUAGAGCUUCCUUGGGUAUCUGAGAGUCAUGGUCAAAGUGCCUUAAAUAGCCUUACUAGCGGAUCCUAGUAUUAAAGACAUUGUUGCCUAUUUCUAAGCCUCUUCGACAGAGGUUUCGAACAUUUUUUGUGCCACGGCAUCCCUUAGUGGUAAUCCAUUGCAUAACUUAUUACUUACUUGCCCCUACUAGGGGGGGGGGGGGGGAGGGGGGGGGCGGGAUUUGGGGAACAAAUCAUCCUUCGUCGUGAGAAAUUUCUUCAUUUUGCUAGAGUUUUUAUGAAAAACUCGAAAAAAUCCCCCCCU